UUCAGUUCAUUCAUUCAUUCAUACGGCAAACACAGUCACUGGUCACUGCAGUGCAGUUCGUCAAUAAAGCAAGAAUCAUGGGGAAAAUGAGUCAAGGAAAGAAAAAGUCAUACUAUAGAAAGAGUGCAGCAAGCUAUCGGAAACAAGAUCGUAUGCUUCAAUCUGGCAUGAAGGGAAUCUUAAUAACUUGUUCAGGAAAUGAAUCUAAGUGUGUGAAAGAGGCUUACAAUCUUUUGAAUGAAUAUGCUGAUCAGCUCUAUGGACCAGAGACUUGUCCUGAUGAUAAACAGGAGACCAUAGAUGGUGAAAAUGAGAGUGAUGAGGAAGAAGAAGAUAUCUCGGAUCUACUUGACAAAGAAGUGAAUGCAUUAAAAGUACAACAUCAAAGUAAAGUGAAACGGUUUAGAUCAGCACGUACAGGAACAAAGAAUGUUAUCUUUAUCCAAACAACGGGGGUAGAUCCACAUACCCUUGUGAUGCACAUAUUAACUGACCUGGAGAAAACUAAAACACAGAAGACAAGGAAUAUGCAGAGAAUGCUUCCAGUUUCACACACUUGUAAAGCCUUUGAGGACAAGAUUGAGAAGACUGCACAAGAAAUGAUUUUCCCUGUCUUUCUUGCUUCAGAUGCAAUAGAUUCUUCAUUCUGUAUCAUGUUUAAAGCAAGAAAUAACAACAAGAUCAAGAAAGAGCCGAUUGUCCAGCUAUUGGCCCCACUAGUAACACAAGGAAGCUCUCACAUACACAAAGUUGACUUCAAUUCACCUGAUCAUACUGUGAUGGUAGAUGUCAUGGGUGGCGUGUGUUGUCUAUCCAUUCUCAAGGACUAUAACCGAUUUAAGAAGUACAAUCUACAUCUUGUCGCUAGUAGUGAUGAUAUUGUGAUGUCAGGAGAAAGGAAGAGAAAGAAGGUAGAUGGUGUUGCAGAGGAGGAUGAAGUGGGAGAGGAUACCAAGAAGUUAAAAGUAGGAGAAGGGAUGAAAGAAGUUGUGUCUUCAGGAGAGUCUUCUUCAGAGGAUGAAAGACAAGAGACCGUUCUUACCAAAACAACUCUGAUAAACUCACAUGAUGUCAACCAGGACGAUACUAUGCUAUCAAAGCUACCUGAUGUAAACCAGGACGAUGAAAUGCCCUCAGUUACCUGAUGUUUUCCCAGGACAAUCUUUAUGCCAUCAAAGCUACAUGAUGUAAAUCAGGAUGAUCUUAAUAUGCCAUCAGGGUUAAGUGAUGGUAACCAGGGCAGUUCUUCAUCUCUUAAAAUAAUUUCGUCACAUUCAUCCAGUGUGAGUGACUAAUGAUGCAAAGAGCAGGGAUUCUGCAAGCACUUCAUAGCAUCAGUCAUUGUGUUAUUCACCCAUUGCCUACUUGAAUUGGAUGGUUUCUGUACAGAGUCUAAUGGAAAUUUAAAAAUAUUGCUGAUUUUGAUCUAUUCCCAACUUUGAAGUGACUUAAUCACUUCAAAGUUGGGAAUAAAUCAAAAUCAGCGAUAUUUAAUAAGAGAGAUUUUAAAAGUGAUUUUUAUUCCUGUUGCAUCUAAGUUUUCAAUGUUGAAAGUUUUUUAGUUUCAGUCGUGGAAGCCUUUUAGCCCCUAAUGGCUCAGUUUUCGAAACUCCUUGGGAGUGUUUCACAAAGAUUUUAAGUAUGACUUAGAGUCACAUUUAAAUGCCUAGUUGCGAAAGGCAUGACCGCAUUGGUCAGAUGGUGCCAUUAUGAUGCGCACUACUGCGUAUCAAUAAAUAAGAUCGCUUGUUGCAUAACAUUUUGCAUCAGCAUUUAAGUGAGACUCUAAGUCAUACUUAAAUCUUUGUGAAACACCUCCCAGGGCAUGCAAAAUUUAGCUGCAAAAAGACAUUUGAACACAUGACACCAACCGUGCGUAAUGUUCUUUGGCUGCUGGUAAAUACUCACUUUAAAAAAAGUCCUUUCCGUUAUGUUAACUGCAUUACUUAGAAUUCCCCCGAUUACCUCAGUGAUCUCAUAACAAGGAACUUGGUCAAUAUCUUCAUUCACAAUUAAAAAAAAAGUGAGACCUUUAGUGAGACAACUUUUUGAGAAAAUGGUACCAAAAUUGUUGAACGUUCUAUCCUAUGAUAAGAAGACUCAGACAGAUCCAAGUUUGUGUGAAAACCUAGACCUUUUCAGAAUUAUAUGUGUAAGCUUUAUAUUAACCCUGUCAGUCCUGGGAAUGGAGGGAAGGGGGUGGCUCAACAAUUUUUUGGGGGUAAAUUUAUAAGGCAAGAGAUUCUUGAAAUGUUGAUUCAUGUCUUUUUAAAGAUUUAAGAAUGUAGUUGAAGCAAACAUUUCAUGAGAAAAUGUUAAACUCAAGGUUGAUUGCAGUUUUCAUCUUUUCAUUUGAUUGGUUGAAAGGUUCAGUAUUUGAUCCAUUUUAUGUUGUAUGCAUAUUUUAUUUUCCCUUUUACAGCGAUCAUGCAUUUUUUUUCCUCGCCUGUACAAAGUUCGGCAGAGACCUAGUGCUCACUUUUCCUGUUACAAAAAUGUUUUUGUUUAACUUGGUCUUAUUUCUGCAUCAAUUAGGUUCAUCCUUGGUAUAUAUUGUUAUGUAGUAUGUAUUUAACUUCCUGUUAUCCUUUCAGUCAUUCACCUUCACUUGUUUACAAACACCCCCAAUGUCAUCUAAGAAUCCCCAAACCCCCCAAGACCAUUUAACUCCUAAACCUUGACCAUAAAAAGACCAACCCUCAGUGACGUCAGCUAACUUCAUGGAAGAAGUAUGACUCACACUCCCAGCCCCAGUCACUUGUACAGAGCAUCACCACACCCCUUAUACCAGAGAAAGUUUGAUAGACAGUUACCUGUAGACCAAUCAGAUCAAGUUUAGAUCAAUCCCACCUUAAAUUGUUACACCCCCAAAACUAAUGAUAUAAAUAAGACUUCUUGAUCAUUGGAGAGAUAGAAUACCAACGAUAAAAUACUAGACCCACACGAAUCCUGACUGACUGACUUCAAGACUUAGAUGUCCAUCCAGUAUUAAUUUAACUUCACUUCGAAUCUUAAUCUUAUACUUCGAAAUUAUUUCAUAUUCAUCGUCUUCUAUUAUAUUUGAAUCUUCAUGUACUUCGAACUGUAGCUGAAUAUUGAUGAUUAAAUACUUUGUGAUUUGAACUGCA